UGAAUGCGGCUGCAGAAGGAGCCAGCAUACUUAUGCGCCUGACACGGAUACUGUUCUGUCUUUACAGGAGGGAGAGAAACACAAGCUUGCUUUUCUCCAGUGUGACACCCCCCUCCCCCUUCCAUUUCUUCGACCUGGAUAUUUUUUCUGAGGAGAGGAUUACUUUAAAAAUAUCAAUUUGUUUUGUUUUGUUCUUUUUUUUCUUUCUUUCUUCAUUUGGACCUAUGGAAGAGAGAGAAUGUGCGGACUUUCGAGCUCCUCACUUGCACCACAGCGGACUAAAGGCUGAAUAACUGCAUUAUUCAUUUUUACGCACCGGUUUCUCCUGUCCUCACUUGUCUCUCUUGUUUCUCUGCGCUUUUCUUUCUUUUUUUUCCAUCCGGAAACGGAGCUUCAAUACUCCUCUUUUCACAGAAAAAAAAAAAAAAACAACAACAAAAAAAUCAAAAAACAAACGAACAACAAAAUCCAAAACUGAUUUCCUCCCUGGAUAAGACUGACAUAAUCGCUUCUCCCUUCACCUGCAAACAAAGUGAAGAGAAAACCAACAGUUUUUGCGCAAGGACUGGGUUUAUGCUGCACGCAUGGAGAAUAAUCUAGUGAGAACUGCCUAAUGGGAGCAUUCUGGCCGCCUUUGCCCUCCGGAGCGUUAUUCCCGUGCGCAACUUCGCAGGAAACAAACCAGCAUUUAUUCACUGGAUCUUCGGGGGGUUGCUGAGCCGAGCUGAAGCCAGACGCACAGUGCUAGCCAUCAUCAUCAUCUCUCUUCCCCAUUUUCUACUCAUUUCUCUUUCUUUCUCUCGAUCAGCCCUCCCCCCCUCCUUUAAAAAAGAGAAGAAAAAAAAAACUCCAAGAACGAUGGAGUUAUUCCACCGCAUUGGUGUCUGCCUUGCGCCCUUUUUCACGCCUUGGAGUCACCGGACGCGCCGUCAAGAUCUCUGAAAGCUAUCUGCCUCUGCCCAACCCCCCCCACCCCCAUCUGCCUUCUUCUACCUCUCUCCUGCUCUCGCUCCAUCUCCUCUGUACCCAAAUGAACGCUUUCCCAUGGAGGUAGUACAACCACCUUGGGGACCGAACGACCAGAGGGGUGAUUUUUCCAAGCAAGAGGAGCCCGUCAGCAAGAGACGCAUCGGGUGAAAUCGGACCUCCCUCCUUCUUCGCCUCUCUUCUUCCUCCUCUGUUUCUCCAUCUCCACCUCGCACCUCCACCUUUCCAGUUUUCCUUGGCUCGUGUUAACUCUCCAGAAGCCUACAUGGGGAUAUAGACGGCUGAUAUAAACCUUGUUGCGCCCCUAUAACUGUCGGCUUCAGCUGGGAGGACUGUUUUGCACGGCUCCAUCCAUGUCUCACCAAUGCUGCCCCGUGUCUCCAGAGGGAGCCGCAUUCAUUACCACUACAGCUUUGGGUUACUAAAUGGUUUUCUGGGGGAGGAUUUAUAACCGGCGAAAUGCUGCUCGUACUCCUGCUGGCAGCCUUUUCUUCUUCUAUCUCCGGCUCUCUCGCCUCCUCCCUCUCCUCCCCCUCAAUGUUGGAUGGACCCCCGAUGGCAGACCCGUCCGCCCCAGACUUGCUGGCCGAGACCUGUGUCGCUUGUUCCUGCAUGUCCGUGGAAAACGUGCUGUACGUCAACUGCGAGAAGAUCACCGUCUAUCGACCCACGCAGCUCAUCCCUCCGGCCUCAUCACUCUACCACCUGAACUUCCAGAACAACUUUUUAAUCAUUCUCUACCCAAACUCGUUCCUCAACUUCACCCAUGCUGUGUCACUGCACCUGGGGAACAAUAAACUGCAGAACAUCGAAGGUGGAGCCUUCAUGGGGAUGAGUGCAUUGAAACAGCUGCACCUGAACAAUAAUGAGUUAAAGGUGCUGCGAGCUGACACUUUCCAAGGCAUAGAAAACCUGGAAUACCUUCAGGCUGACUACAACUUAAUAAAGUACAUUGAGAAGGGAGCUUUUAACAAACUGCAUAAGCUAAAAGUGCUGAUCCUUAAUGAUAAUCUCAUACAGGCACUUCCUGAUAACAUAUUUCGCUUUGCCUCGCUCACGCAUCUGGAUAUAAGGGGAAACAGGAUUCAGAAACUUCCUUAUUUGGGGGUUCUGGAGCACAUUGGGCGCAUUGUAGAGCUGCAGCUGGAUGACAACCCUUGGAACUGUACCUGUGAUUUAGCACCUCUCAAAGCGUGGCUUGAAAACAUGCCCUAUAAUAUUUUUAUUGGCGAGGCCAUAUGUGAAACACCAAGUGACUUGUAUGGGAGGCUGCUGAAAGAAACCAACAAACAGGAACUUUGUCCCAUGGGAACAGGAAGUGAAUUCGAUGUUAAGAUGCCACCUGCACAGACUGAAAAUGGGCCCUCCAAAAUGCCCCCAACUACUGUGGUUCCCAUUGCCACAAAAGCGCCAAAAACCACAGACUCAUCUAAGAUUUACAGUAAUGGUAUGGUGGUUGGUUUACCCCCAACUGGGAGAAAGAUUGUUUCCAUUCAGGUCCCUCCGUUGUGUCCAGAGCCCUGUAGCUGUAAAGCUCACCCUUCUGACUUCGGCAUUAGCGUCAGCUGCCAGGAGAGAAAUAUUAAAAAUCUAGGAGAUCUCAUUCCCAAACCACCAAAUGCCAAGAAGCUUCACCUGAGUGGAAAUUACAUUUCUGAUAUCAGUUCAACUGAUUUCCAGGGUUUUGAGGGGUUAGAUCUGUUGCAUCUUGGCAGCAAUCAAAUUGUCACAGUUCAGAAAGGUGUGUUUGCUAAUCUCACUAACCUGAGAAGACUGUAUUUGAAUGGAAACCUGCUUGAACAGUUACACCCAGAGAUGUUUUUGGGCCUCACAAACCUACAGUACCUAUAUUUGGAAUACAAUGCCAUAAAGGAAAUCUUAGCAGGUACAUUUGAUUCCAUGCCGAACCUUCAACUCCUGUAUCUCAACAACAAUGUUCUGCGGAGUCUCCCUGCUUAUGUGUUUGCGGGUGUCCCUUUAGCCAGACUGAAUCUGAAAAACAACCACUUCAUGACCCUGCCAGUGAGUGGUGUCUUGGACCAGCUGCGGUCAUUGACCCAAAUAGACCUGGAAGGGAACCCGUGGGAGUGCUCCUGCGAUCUGGUUGCCCUCAAACUCUGGCUGCAGAAGCUAAGUGAUGGAGUGGCUGCCAAAGAGGUGAAAUGUGCCUCCCCCGUGCAGUUCGCCAACAUUGAGCUGCGCCUCUUAAAAAAUGAGAUACUGUGUCCUAGGAUGGCGAGGCCGCCAUUUAUUCAGACCGGUGCCACCCCUAUUUUGACGUCAGUGUCACCUGCUGGUGUUGGCAAAGCACCACCGGGAGGGCCUGUGCCUCUCUCAAUUAUGAUCCUUAGCAUCCUUGUAGUGCUGAUUCUGACUGUGUUUGUGGCCUUCUGCCUUUUAGUCUUUGUCCUGAGGCGGAAUAAAAAACCAGUGGGCAGGCAGGAGGGGCUGGGGAAUCAGGAGUGCGGCUCAAUGUCUUUGCAGCUUCGCCGCCACAGCCACAAAUCCGGCAAAAAAGGCUCUAUCCCGGGCGAUGACUUGGGAGGUGAGACGUUCAUCCCUCAAACUAUUGAGCACAUUGGCAAGAGCCACACCUGCGGGAUCGGUCGCUCCUCAGACAUGGAUGCCGGCUUCAAAUUUGCAGACUCACAGAGGCAGAAGAUCAUCCUGCGGAACAGCGCAGACAAGGAUAAAGACACGCUUUCCACCCUGGAGCGCAACAAACGUCUCAGCACGAUUGACGAACUCGAGGAGUUUCUCCCCAACCGAGAGCCCAGCAUGUUCAUCCAUAACUUCCUGGACAGCAAAAGAGAUUUCAACAGUAUAGGGAUGGGCGGAUAUGAAAUCCGCUACCCAGAGAAAACACUGGAUAAAAAGAUGAAGAAGUCAUCACUGAUAGGCGGGAACCAUAGUAAGAUCGUUGUGGAGCAGAGGAAAAGUGAGUAUUACGAGCUGAAAGCCAAGCUCCAAGGAACGCCUGAUUACCUGCAGGUGCUCGAGGAGCAGACUGCACUGAGUAAAAUGUAGGGUUUGUUGUGUUUGAGCUUGUGCAUUGAUUACACACACUUAUAAACUAUGAAGUCAGACACAUACAGGCAGACAGACAGCCAAACACAUCUGCCUUUCUCUGGCCCUUUGUCCCUCUCUAGACACACAUACACACACACACACACACACACACACACACACACACACACACACACACACACACACACACACACACACACACACACACACACACACACAUCAUUCAAACCUUCAGAUCUCUCACCCUCUGCCUUCAUUUCUCUCUCUGCAGCCACACACACACACACACAAAGCAAAAAAAGUGCCUUCUGGAAAUCCUUAAUGACCACUGCAGAGAUGGACAAAAUGGCUCCACACUACAAGGCUAUUACUAGAAUAAGCGUGGAUGUAUUUCACAGUGAGAGACCUUCUGGAUUAUCCAUGCCACUACAUGUAUGAAUCCUGCAAUCAUACCACAGGACACCCUAAAAAAAAGCAACCAGACAUAGUAUUUUUUGCUGCUAUUGAAAUGGGU